GAACCAUCAACAUCUUCACAGGCCAAACGCGUUUGCCGCCUCCGUCGGGCCAUCGCCACGCGCAAAUUAACUGGCCUUGGACUCCCCCAUAAAUAUCUGCUGGCACCAAGGUUUCCUUUAAGCACAGCCCUCUCCGUGCAAGAUACGACCUAUUCUACGAUAUGGGCAAAGAAAACCUCGAAUGCGAUCGCAAUCGCCUCCUCGCCAGCGCCCGCGACUCGGACAAAGUCCGUACUUGCUCCGUCGAUCUCUUCUGGAAGACGUACGCCAAGUCCUGGAGGCCUUUGACGAGCAGUCAGAUGAACGCUCUCACCGCCGCCCUGGACGAAGAGAACGUAUAUAGGAACAAACGAUGGGUCGCGCUGCCAGACGCGAAGAAAGGCGUCGCGGAGGAUGUGCAUUUCAAGCGCCUCGAGAAGAUCUUCUCUAAAGUCACUGCACUAGCAGAGAAGACACUCUCGGGGCGCUUUGAGCCCGCGAGGCGAACGACCAAGUUUCGAUGCCGCCCACGGCAGACCACGAGCUCCGAGGUCAUGGGCGCGUCGCACAAAGUCGACUCCGUCAACACGCGCAUCGACUCUUCCUAUCCGAAAGGCUCAAGAGGUCUCCUUGGCAGCGCACGCAACGCUAAGAUCAAGAUUCGACGGACUGGCGAACUUGUGUUCACCGCAGACGCCUUGCUAACAGGCGAAUUUAAGCUGUUCGACACGCGGGCAGAUCAAUUCGAUAACGCCAAAAAGACUUUUGGUCAUGCUGGGCAUGCAUUCUAUAACGACGUCGGCCGCAUCGUGGUAUUCGCGUACACGAUCGAAGGCGCUAAAAUGCGCCUCUGGUGUCACACUCGCUCUCACACAGGGAUCUCGGAGGAGUUUGACAUACACACGAACCCUUCCAUGUUCAUCGACUUCAUCCUCUUCAGCACCUACGCCUCUCUUCCCGUUCUUGGUGUCGACACCACUGUUCGCCGCGUCAUCGAUUCGGACAGGAAUAUCCAGUACCAAUUCGACUUUUACGACCGGAAGACGAACGUCCGAACCACGUAUGAGACCACCCGCAGCAUCGACGAAUCCUCCGCCAUGGAGCUCUACUCCCGUUCCAUGCGCGUCUUUGAGGUGCAUCUGGUCCUCGGCGAUCCUUUCGCGAAGAAGCGAGCUUUCGGCAAAGAAACCUUCGUACUGCGCGACUACUAUGUUUUCUCCCAUGUCAAAAGCGAGCGCGAGAUCCAGGGCGGCAUCCAGCAUCAACUCGAGCUCAAGGGCGUCUGGGAGGAGGCCAAGCCUCACUUCAUGCGCAUCCGAGAGGACGGUGCCGUCUGGAUCCCUCGCUCGGAAGGCGCCGUUCGCCAGACUGUACCCGCUCCUCACGAGAAAUCGGAGCCCUACGAAUUCAUCGAUGACGACAAUCCCGCCGGUUCGGGCCCUUCUACGGAGACAAUCCGAACGGGCAGGUCCCACCGUACUGGGCAAAGCUCUCUGGCGUAUCCGAACGCUGUUGAGAAGCCUCUGUCCAAGUUGCACGAGAAGCGACACAUGCGCACUGUCUACGAGCAACUCUGUAUCGACCUCUACAAAGUUAACGACCCAAAGCUCUUCUUCUUCGCCAUGAGUCAAGUUGCCAAGAUCCUGCGUUACAUGAAGCUUGCGGGUUACGUUCACCGGGACGUCAGCCCCGGUAACUUCCUCCUCCACUAUAUCAAGGAGGGCGGUUCUCUCCCUGACCUUGCCACGAUCUCGCAAACCUCUCGGGAAGAUUGGGUGACGAUCAUCUCUGACCUGGAGUACGCGCGGCCUUUCCUAGAGGGCUCUGGACACGACGCGAUCACGGGCACCUCGUUCUACGUCGCUGUCGAAGUGCAGGGUCAGAGGUACAAGUUCGGUCCGAACGACAGGGCUGACGAUGACAAUGAGUCUGACGAAGAGGACUCUGACUGGAAGAACCCUCAUCACUUCUCCUACAACCCAUACCACGACGCCGAGUCGGCUUUGUGGAUGGCCUUGGACUUCGUCUUUCGCAAGAUCCCUUCCCAGAAGCUCGAUCUUGUAACGGGUCGCAAUCGUCGUGCUAUCGAGGUGCUUCGAGAGUACUCUCAGCAGAUGUUUGUGCCCGCCAUGGAAGGUUCUGAGCUGCGCUCGAGCUUCAUCGUGACCGGCCCUCAAGCGAAAAACCUACGCCAGGUCCUGAAAGAAGUCUAUGGCGACAGCUGUCCCAUCAAGAACUUGUCGGGUCUCAUCAAUGGCCUCGCAAAGGCCUACGGAGCUCUGCAAGCCAGUCCAUUCAACCCCUCGAUGCGUCUCGAUAAUGGCCGCAAGGCUUACGAUCCCUCCCUCUUCACCGACAACAUCUACAAGUCCAUGGAAGCCACAUUCCUCAGCAUCAGCGACUACUACGCGGACCCUGCCAACGCUGAUGUCUUCGUAUCAAUAUACGACCCUCCUGCAUCGGAUUCCCAGCCUGCCGCCACUCCUGCUGCCGAGGCAGAGGCAGUCGCACCGCCCCAGGACUGCAUCCACACCGACGACAAUCAUGGCGACGGGUAUCACACUGACGAGGCGGGCGCUGGGAACUACAGCGACGAUGAUGAGGAGGACGAGGGAGAGGACCGGGCCACUGGCAGUGAUCGCGACGCUCAGGCAGUGUCUGAAAGCUCCAGCGAUGACGCUGACGCGACGACCGAUGCUGCUCCCGCGACCGGUGGCGACGCGACAGCCAACAUCGCUCCCACGACCGGCGGUGAGGCCCAGGGUACUGCGACCGUUCCUGGCAGUGGCAGAGCUCUCAGGAGUAAGAGGAAGCGCGACGACGAUCCUUCUCCUGGGCCUCCAGCUCCCGCGCGCGCUGUCAGGCGAUCGCGCACCAAAGGUGUGGAGCCGUCUCGUCGGUCCCGGCGGCUAGCGGAAAGGCAGGAGGAAGUGACGCAGCCCCGGCCUGCUGCAACUGGAGGGCCCGCGCGUCGGCCACGGACGACGCACCCUCCUCCGCCGCCGAAAAGGCAGCGUAGAGUCCGUUCGGGGUAGCCUGGGUGUAGUAACCCUCAGUCGAGAUAGUUUCUACGUGUCUGCUUGCUUUGUAACUUUACAUCUGUUGUCUCUCGCAUUUCGUUGGUGUAAAAGUAUCUUGCUAUCUCACGAUCUGAGCCCGCGUCCGUCUCCCGUCUUAUCCUUGAGUACAAAAAUGCCACAAACUAGUCCACGUAUCCACCC